AUGAGUACUCACAUAAACCCAGUUUUUUUCUCGGCGAUUCAAAGCAAUCUAACGUCUGUGUGCUACUGCUACAGGUGAAAUAAAUCCAGUUCGGAGCGAUCGGGACCGAAUGUUCAGAUCGGUUCACUCGGUGUCCAAUUUCUACUUGUUCACCGCUGUUCUCUUUUCCAUAAAUGUGACGAUAUCGGCUGCUUUUUUCAUUUUUGGAGACCGAUUCUUUGAAUCAAAAUAUAUAAAGGGUAGAGGCUUCGGAAGUCGAAUCACAGAUCAUUGGCCACUUUCAGAGUUCUCAACGGAAUCAGGGAACCAUGAUCGCGGCUUGGAUACUGUUGAAUAA